AUGACACUGUCAUCCUCCCAGAUCAUCCUCCUCUGUGCCGUGAGCAUUGUCUUGCUGGCAAGACCCGCUCAAGCCUUUGGUGCAGGCAAUAUCGGCUCCACCUCCAAGAUCGAGGGCCAAAAUUGGCGACAUGGCGAUCUCGAAGAUACUCUGCUCACUAUUGUAGCAUCUCGUGCCAUGGGAGGAAAGAAAUUCAGCAAACUUGAUGUCAAGAGGGUCUAUUUCGGCAAUUGGCUACGUGAUUACAGUCAAGCCGUUGACGUCGGCACCGUCAAAUAUGUCAGCGCCGAAGCUAUCCGUAUCUUACUCUGGGUUCUUGGUUUCAUGUCAUUCGGCUAUGGUUCUGGUGAAUUCGAAGUCACUACUCAGAGACUGGGUUGUUAUCGACCUGAGGAACAUAUUGACAACCCCAAGGAUUAUGCCGACAAUGAAGAUGCCAGACACUAUGAUCGUCGCCUCCGAGGCCCAAUUGACGAGCGCCGUGAACUCUCCAUCAACCCACAGACUGGACUCAAGAACUACAUCGCCUCUGAGGGUAUGGGCAUUGACACUUCAGCCGGUUUGGUAAGAAAGCUCUUUGGUCGAUGUAUCGAGCUCGGCCGACAUUAUUCUCGCAACAAGAAUAAGAAAGAUCUUUAUGAGGCACUUCGUCUUCUUGGUACCGGAUGUCACUGUCUUGAAGACUACGCGGCGCAUUCCAACUAUGUCGAACUGGCCCUCAUCGAACUCGGCGAACGUAAUGUUUUCCCUCAUGUUGGCCGCAAUACUGCCCUCCAUCUCCGCGAGGUGCGACACCCUGUCUACCCAAUCGUUACGGGUACUUUUGGCGGGGUUGAUUUCCUCCACUCUGUCUGUGGUGAGUUUGAUGACAAGGCCACUCAAUCCGAAAUUCAAGAGCUUGAAGGUACGAUGCAACAAUAUCAGAACAGCAACCAGGACAAUAGCAUUCUUCAAGACCUGCUGAACAAAGUGCCCUCUGGCGUCUUUGGUGACAAGGAUGAGGCGGGAAAAGCCGACGAAUUGAAACAAAACGCCCUCAACCACCAGAUGCAGAAUGCUCACAUCUCUCCAAGAGAACCAGAGGAGUGGACCAGAUAUCUCAGUGAUGUUCAGAAGCAAAUCUAUCCUGUCAUCGAGUGGCACGACGAAGUCAUGCAGUCGAUCACCGAGACCGUCGAAAAGAUUCCCAUCUUGCCAGACCUUAUCGAGCAGAUUCAGGAGGAAGUCAACAAAUUUGUCUUCACUCUCUUGGCUCCAUACGUCGUCCCCAUCAUCAAUCAAGUCAAAUCGGAACUCAAUACCGGAUCCAACGAGAUCAUCCAGUCUAGCUUGGACAAACAGCACAUCGUCUUCAAUGAUGACGAUUCCUCCGAUCCAACUCACUCGAUGCUCUCCAAGGAUCACUUUUCCAACAUCCUCAACGAACCAGCUGGCAAGGUUGCCAGACAAAUCGUCAAAUGGGUUGUUCCACAGAUUGUUGCCUGCUGGGAUGACAACAGCAUCGAUAUUGAACGCACCCUCAACCGCAUCAUCCAUGGUGUUCUCCACCAUCCAGCCUUGCGCGAUUACGGCCAAGAUGGAGCCAGCGAUGGUCGCCGUCUCAUGUUUGGCGUCGUGGAAGAAUGGUGGAGGGCCCAGAGCGAGCGCGAGAAGGACGGCUUGCGCGAGCAGCUGAGCCGGCGGGGUGUCGAGACAGGCAAGAAUCACAAACCCGGCGUCAAGGAUCAUGGUCACGGCAACAAUCGUCCCCUCGGCAUGGCCAAUCUGAACUACAACAAGCAGUCAUCCGGCGGUAUUGCAGGUGGAGCCUUGGGUGCAAUCGAUUCUGCCCUCGGUGGGGGAAACCAUGGCGGUCGACAGUCCAACACCCCCGCAGAUAAGAUUGGCAAGAUGGCAGGCGAAGCUGUCGGCGGUGGCGUCCUUGGAUCUCUCGUCGGAGGAAUCGCCGGUGAAAUCGGAGGUGACUUUUUAGGUGGACGCCCCGACCAAGACCGCGAGACAUACAAGCAUGACUCCUAUGGGCAAGGUGGCUCAUACACCGAGACCGUCACCCCGGUCGGCCACUCGCAGUCUGGCGAUCGCUACGGCCAGGCCCAACACUCUCGAACCACGGGAUAUGGCAGUGGCCAUGAACACGAGUACAGUCGAUUCGAACAGAGUGAAUCAGCUGGUCACUGGCCGUCGGAGGGUCACCAUCAAGAGUACACUAGUUCGGGUGAGAAAGCUAGGCGAUAUGGCGGUGAUGACGACAACUCUUACGACCGUCGCCAGCGCCAUGAAUACCGUCGUGAUGACGAGUCCGAGUCCUAUGGCGGUCGCCGACGCGAUGACGACGAGGGCGGUUAUUCUGGCGGGUACGGCUCGCGACGCCAUGAGACAGAGUCCUCUGGAUACGGUGCAGAAGGCUACGGUCGUCAGGAACGCCGUGAAGAGUACGGCCGACGCGACGACAACGAGUAUGGCUCAAGCGGGGGCUACGGGCGUCAGGAGCGAGAGUCCGAAUACUCGAGCUAUGGCGGCGGGAGAUAUGAAAGCCACUAUGCUCGACAGGAGGGGUCUGGCUACGGUUCCGGCUCUGGCUACGGGCACCAGGAGUCCAGCUACGAACCUAGCGGAUACGGCGGAGGUCGCGAGCAGGAAUAUGGCUCGUCUGGCGGUUAUGGCAGCCAGCAGGGCUAUGGCCGAGAGGAAGAGUACGGUUCCGCCGGCAGAUAUGGCAGUCAGCAGAGUUAUGGAUACGGUGAGGGCGGGCGGGAUGACGAGUACGAGUCUCGCGGCAGUUAUGGGCGUGGUGAUGAUGAGAAUGAGGGAUAUGGUCGGCGACGAUACGGUGACAAUGAGAACGAGGGAUAUGGUGGUUCAGGAUAUUAG